UCCGCCGGCCUCUCACUCUGAGCUGCGGUGCGUGCGGACCGCCGGGCGUGUCUCCGCCCGGCUGAUGGGGAUUCUGGUUUUUCCGGUCGUCUCCUCCCGGUUUAAACUGCAGCAGUCUGUGAGUCCCGCAUCAGUCUGAGCAGCAUCAGCAGGAGCGACAGGAUGGCCUCCAACACUGCCACCAUGGGGAACCUGCCCAGCGGGGUCGGAAUAUGCACCACCAUCCCCGACAUCCUCUACCUGCCGGAGCUGAUCUUCGGCGGCCUGGUGUGGAUCCUGGUGGCGUGUACGCUGGUGGUGCCGGCGAACCCUCAGGGCUGGGUGAUGUUCGUCUCCGUCUUCUGCUUCGUCAUGACCUUCAUCUGGAUGGUGGUGUUCGCCUGCGGGGGGCAUCACAACAAAGGCAGCUGGGCAGCAGCGGACUUUGUGUAUCACGGUAUCGCCGCCUUCUUCUACCUCAGUGCUUCGGUGGCUUUGGCCAGAGUCACUCUGGAGAUGAAAGAUGGAACCAACUUCCAAAACUACCAGCUGGACAUCUCUGCAGUGGUUUUCUCGUACGUGGCGACUCUCCUCUACUUCAUCCACACCAUCCUCUCCGCCAUCCGAUGGAAAUCUUUCUAGAGGCAGCAGCAGAACAGACCUGAUUUUUGUUUGUGAAGCUGCGGCGCGCUGAUAUGAAGGGAGGGCUUUUCAUUUCCUGCCCCCGAAGGAGGAACGUCCGGAACGAGCCGACCCGACGACGCUGCUUCAGCUCGUCUGCUCACAUUUCCUCAGACGACGAAGCUCUGUUUCUCCUGAAGCUGUAAACACUGACGUGGACCUGAGGACGAUUCUUCACUUUAAUACCUCAGUUUAGUUUGGUUUCUUGUUGGUUUCUGCUUUUAUAUUUUUAUAAACUUCUUAACUUUGUCAAACAGAUCAAAAACAAAUCCAACAUGGAUCAGAACCAGGGUGUAAAUUAUGAUUUUUUUUGUAAUGUAACCCUUUAUAACUGACAGCUUUGUUUUUGUAAAUUUAACUAUUAGAUUAAUGAAAAAGGAAUAAAUGUGUUUGUUUUGAAACAUUUUAAAUGGAUUUUGAUUCACUUUAUUAAAAAAUCAGCACAAAUAAACACACAGGACUUCAGUGUAGUAAACUAAGACAACGUCCUGAUCAGAGGCCCAGUUUGUUAUUGAUUGAUGAUUGAUUGGUAUUAAAGAGCCAGGGAAACGUCCUCCUACACUGUGUUACUGAUGUCUCCAUGGAAACGAGGGGCGGAUGAGGGGGCGGUGGCACUUGUGAAUUUUUCAUCAGCAGUGACAUCAGGUGACGAGAGGAGGAGGGCAGAGAGGUCAGAGGUCGCACGCCACCGAGAGGAAAACUAAAUGACCUACAGGUGAUGUCAGGUGAUGUCAGGUGAUGUCAGGUGAUGUGGCUGUAACAAACUCACCAAACUACAAUCUCCAGUUCAGCUUCAGUCUGAACUCUCUGGUCUGAUUCAGCAGUUUCAGCUGCUGACUCUCACUCAGUCAGAGGGAGAUGCAACCUGAAGAACCACAGGUACAGAGAAACAACAGGUGUUCAGACAGAGGCUGACAGCUGAGAUUUGAAGGUUAAACAGUUGAAUAAAGCUGCUGUAACUGGUGUGAAUUCAUACACCAACACUGGUGGAGGAAAAACGUCCAGAGACUCAGGACAAGAACCUGAAACCAGGUUUAAUGGAGUAUGGCUGGGAGUAAAUACAGACACACACACACAGAGUAUGGCGGGUCAAUGAACUGUAGCUGUGGUGUAUAAUUGAUGAGGGAAGGCAGUGGGUGAUAAUAGCGGAGCAUCUCCAUGAAACUGAAGAAGGUGGAGGCUGCAGCCGUCUGAACAACAACAUCCACCACAAUCACUGACGACAAACAGCUCGUACACUUUAUAACUGAAAUAAAACUCAAAUACUUCUUCUUUCUUUUGAAAUGAAGUUGUCUUCCUGUUUUAUUUUGUAGUUACCUCCCUGGUGUUUUUACUUCCAUGUCUUUGUUCUGUUUCCCUUCUUUUUUUUCAGUGUAUAUAGAAUCCUGUCUCUUCCUUGUCAGAGUAUUGUCAGUGUGUGUUAUGUUUCUAGUUUGCUUCUGUGUUUGCUCUUGGACUUGGUGGAUUUUGAUUUCUCUCCUUGGUUAGCUGCCUUCAAGUCUUCAUUAAACUCUGAACUGUUCACGCUACAGUUUGGGUCUUUAAACAUGACAGUGAUCAACUGCUUGUUCAAAUAUUGUAAAAUGUUCUAUAUGACAACAUUCUAUAGAACUUAAAGAAAACAUUUCUACGGGUGGAGAAGUGCAAAUCACAACUUUAUUCCCCUGAAAUCGUGACUUUUUCUCUUUUUCUCUGUAAAUGUUUCUGUUUUGUUGAAUCCAACUAAUACAAUUAUAUUAUUUAAACUCUAAUUUUCUGUUUCUUUCUUUUAUAUUAAGCGACACUGAUGAAAGGCCGAGUUCAGACUCUGACUCUUUUACACUUUUAAGUCCUCGUGUGUGCCACAAUCCAAACCUCUGCUGCCACCCUGUGGUCAAACUGCUGCACUACACGUGUCCAGUCUCACUCACACAGUGAGUAAACAUUUCAACACAGUCACCUGUAUCCUGCUGACAGACAAACAAACAAACAAACAAAA